CUGUGGCAGGCGGAGAGUGAGGGUGUACGACUGUCUCUCCCUCUCUUACACUGGGCGAAGUGACUGGCGCGAGCCUUCUCGCUCGCCGUUAAGUUUAUACUUUUGUGUUUCUCUGUGGCUUGGUGGUCCUUCCUGUAGAGAUUGAUUAAACUUUUGUGCAUGGUUCGGAUAGAAGAUAUUCUUGCUGGAUUUACUGCGGAUAUCUUUAUCACUUGUGGAAUACAGUGUUAGUUUAUGUAAAGAUAAGGUAUAAAUCUAUUCCUCUCGCGAGCAAAAUAAUGGUUAUGAUGAAAGAGCAUUGAAUAAAGGAAAAGCAAAGAGGAGAAAGGUUAAAACGUUAAUGUGCCUCAAAUAAAGUGUCUUCUCGGCUGAUGAUGAAGCUGGACCAGUGAGAGCAAGAGCGAAGUCACGAUGCUCCUGAAGAAGGCCUCGCACGACACCAGGAAACAGACUGCCGGAGGAAAGAUGCAAAUCGCUCACAGCGAGGAGAUCCGCCAGAGUCUGGACGUCCUGGACCGAGUGCUCUCCGAGUUCGACGACAUCGAGACCGACACCAAUGACGAGUCCGUCGCAGCCGACUACACCGACGCCCCCGAGCACGCCGACAAGUCCAGCGAGAACGACGACGCCGGGGUAUCGCCUCCGCCCGUCGACAGAAGCCUCAAGCCCCGCCCACCUCCUGAGCUCCCCCGCAAGACCCGCCUGCCCCGCCCGGGCUCCGGAAGCUCGUCGCCGUCCAGCCAUGAGUACCAGGAGAUCAACUCCGAUGUGGGCGUGUCUCACCGCGUCCCCGAGGCGCCCCCUGCACCGCCCGUUCCGCCCGCCCCACCCGUCCCGCCCGUCACGUCUCCCCACAGGGCGCGGCGUGAGGCGCCAGAUGUCCGAGGACCGCGCCAGGUCGCGCCGCAACGAGGAGGAGCUCCGGCGCCAGCCCCGGAGACAGAGGAGCGAGGACGCGCGCCUGCGCCACGACGACAUCUCCUCCAGCUCUGGCGACCUCAUGACCCUCGACGUCCGCGACAUGAGCAAGCCGCGGCCGACGCGCGACUCCAGCCGGGGGCGGUCCCGGGAGCCGCAGAGGGAGGCGCGGGAGCCGCAGAGGGACGCGAGGGAGCCGCGCCACCUGAGGAAGAGCCGCUCGGGGGAGGUGGAGGCCAGGAAGGUGGCCGAGCAGGCGCAGGAGCGGGGGCGGCGCCGGCGGUCCAGGUCGUCGGACCGGUGGCUGGACCACGCGGCGCACCCCGACCCCCUCAUGGAGCAGCGGCUGAUGGAGGCCGGCAUGAUGGACCCGAGGAUGAUCGACCCCAGGCUGAUCGACCCCAGGAUGAUCGACCCGAGAAUGAUCGACCCCAGGAUGAUCGACCCCAGGUACAUGGACGAGCCCUUCCCCAUGGCUCAGGACCCCAUUCGCUUCCCGCACCUCAUGAGCUACCCGCCCAUGACCCAGGCCGGGCCCCUCACUCCAGGCAACAUGUCGCCGGGGGCCAUCUCGCCCAUCCCGCCAGGCCCGCCCAUGGGGCCGCCCUUCCUGCCCAUGGAGUACCCUCCGUACCCGAUGUACCCGUACGACGUGGGCUACAUCCCCGACCUGAUGCUGCCGCCCCACCACCCGGCCUUCGCGGCGGACCACAUCCCGCCAGAGUUCAUGCGCCCCGAGUACCUCCCUCCAGACUACCCUCUCGACUUCCCGCUCGAGUACGGGCCCGCUCCCCACCCCGGCAUGAUGGGCGGGAUGUGGGCCGGACCACGCCCGCGAGACGACUGGCCGCCGCCCACGCCACAGCAAGCACAGCAGAUGAUUCAACGCGUCGUCAGAAACCCGAGCCGGAGCAGCGGGGACGACGACAAAGACGCAGCGGAAGGCGUGCCGAAGCAGACCCAGCUACAGCCCGGCGUGCGCCGCACCGGCCGACGCCUCACCUCAGCGGGGCACUCGGACAGCUCCGGCCUGUCGUCGCCCUCGGAGGACCGUCGCCCCCUGAACAGGAAGCCCCCGGGGUACCGUGGCGCCAACCAGUCCUUCAGGGAGUCGUCGGAGUUCAGGGUCGGGGAGGCCGUGAGGGAGCUGAGCCCAAGAGGCCCCAUCAAGAACUCGACCUCACUGCCGCACUUCUCUUCCGGCAAGGACAGUGGGUUCGACGAGACUCCUCCAAUCGGGGAUGAGUUUGCCACCAGUCGUGGAGGUCGUUCUGGAGGGGCUUUUAUUGUAUCUGGAGUGUUCAAUGACUCUUCUCGAAUGUUCAUCCCAGCACCACCGUCCCCAACCCCUGACUACGAUGAUGAUGGAGAGUCAGAUGGAAAUGAGUCUGACAUCCUUCAGGGUUCACAGUUUUAUGUCGUGACGGACCAGCAAGGAGAACCUGUGAAAAAGAAACUGACCAACAGGGAUUCCUUGAGUGAUGACAGUCUCCAGAAUGCUCCAGUCACAACCAAGAGCACUUCCAAAUCAUCUACGCCACCAAAGACACCCUCAACACCCCUGCAGAGCAUGAUGAGGGCAUUUCAUAAAGGUCUUCCUGACCUCGAGCAAGAGAAUGGAUUCUCUGAUGACUCCCUCGAGGAUUCAGUGACUGCUCAAUCUCGUCCUUCCACCAUCAGUCAGAAACCACACAGACCUACCUCUAUGGAGUCUCUUGUCUCCAUGGAGAGCUCUACUGCUUCGUUUGAUUACAUGAAUGCUGGGCAAGCAAAGAAUUCUUCCUAUGGGAGAGCAAGAUCAAGGCCAAACAGUGCUGAGACUGGAGCCCAGAAAGGAGGUAAUGUGCGAGACAGGAAAGACUUGAAUGGUAAGGUUAAAAAAUCAACACCCAGAUCGGCAGAAAAUGGCAUUGGCCAAAAGGGUAAUUUAAGUAACAAAGACAGUGAGAAAAACAUUGAAGAGUCUAACAACUUUAGCAGACAGAGUUCAAGAGAGAGUUCACACAGCUCUGGCUCAACUAGUUCCAAACCUAGUGAAAAGUUUGAUACUAUAAGACAUAUGUUGAAAGAAGGCUUGAUAGAAGGCUUAGAUGAAAGUCCACCUACCUUCAAACCACCUCCACCAAUAAAGAAAACACCAAAUGGAGUCCAUACAGAGGACAGAGCUGAUAGUGGCCUAGGUUCUGCUGUCAGCACAACUAGGACAGAUGAAAGUGGUGGCAGUGAUAACCGAUCUGAUUUUUCAGGCACCCCACCAUCUAUUCUUUCCCCACAAGAUGGAGACGCCACAAAGAAAGGCAGACCAGAAACUAAAAGAGGGAAGGAAACAGUACGUAGUCGAACAUCUAUUGGGUCAGAGGACAUGGAGAGAAAUCGAGAUGAAGGGGAUGAAGUAGAGGUCAUGAUGCAAGAGACGAUGGAAAUUCCUCCUCCUCCUCCACCAAGGGAUGAGUCAAUGCACUGGACUCCUCGAACCACCACUCCCUUGUCGCAAAAAGAUUCUGCCAGAAGUUCAUUAAGAGCGACACCAACCACACCCUCCACAUCUAAAAAUUCAAGCUGGUUGCACAACGCUACCAAGGAAGAGAUGGUUGAAAUAUCUUCUGCCAACUCUCCUCUGCCUCCAGGAGAGAAGAUUACCCAUGUUGAUGAUUUGUAUGGACAGCAUGAACAUGUAGGCAAUGGGAAUGAGGUGAGCAGUGCAAUUAAUGGAUCCUUAGCAAGCCAGUACAGUAUCCAGGAUAAUGAUAACCCAUUGACAGAUCGUGAUUUCUUAGAGAAUCUCAAAAACCUAGAGCCUCGUCCUCGACCUGAUACCUUAGCUGUGAUUAGCGAAGACCAAGGAAGCAUUGGGUCCAAGAGCAGUCGAUCUGGACGGUUGUUAUCGAGACUUGCAGAUUCUGUCCGUAGUGGAAGUAGAACACCAACUCCCUCCUCCUCCAAUAGUUCCACCACACGUGCCACCACCACCAAACUGACCUCAACAUCAAGGUCUUCCACCCGCAUACACGGCGACAUCAUCAGGGAUCCCUGGCGAUCAUCCUUGAGGGAAUCAGCCCUGCCUUCCCCUCAGGAAUACGCACGCCUUCCAUCACUCAGUCCCUCCGUUGUUCCCCUUACUCGUGAUGGCUCAGGUCGCUUCAGGAGCAUUGAAGACCUUGCUGAAGCUGUCUCAGAGCCCACGCAGCAGGAGGUCACACUCACUGGAAAGAAAAAGAAACACUCAACACUUCCGCCCAACCUCACACCAGCAGAUAUGAAAAAAGAAAAUAAGGAACUUCGAAGAGCUACUUCACUGAUGGUCGGCAAAAAAGGAAAAGAGAGGUGAUAAAUGUAUCGACAUAAUCACACGUGACUGGCCUACCCAGUAUACUCUUUCUGCGAGGAACUCCAUUACUGUUAGAACAGACCCAGAGAUGCAAGAAUGAAGAUAUAUUAAACAGAUUGUAUUAUUAAUGUUUUUUUUUCUUAGACUAUACGUAAUAUAUAAUGGAUUCCUGGCUAUCAUGACCACCCUUUAGUUGAAGAUACAAGGAUUUGGGCAAAGCUGAGGAAAUAGUUUUAGCAUCAAUGAACUUUAUUUUGUUUUAAAUCUAUGGAGAAAUAUUGAAACUUUUAAUGUUAUAUGUAGGCACUUUCCUUUUGUAACACUUUUAAAGCCAGUGUCAUAUCAUGAUUACAUAUGUGAAUUAAUUUCUCGAUGCUUUCUUUUCAUUUUGUAAGUAUUACAUGAUUUCACUGUUAUUUUACUAUAUCAUUCUAAGCAAAAUGAUUUUUCUUAUUGACCAUGAGAACUAGCAUUUUCAAAUUUGGCUUCUCUGUUUUAGGCCCAACAUCAAAAGUUAUGAUUUAUUAUUAACUCUCAUUAUAUUUCUAUAAUGUGAAUGUUCACAGUAUUUUCGAUGAUAUAUAUUUGUAUCCAUAUUUAUUAUUGUCUUUUGAUGAUUUAUUAGUAUAUGCAGUAGGUUGUGGAGGAUAGAUCUUAUAUUUCCUUCUCAAGAAAAAAUGUUUCAGGAAUAUAGAUUAUGAAUUGAUCAAUUUUUAAAUCAAAUUUGAAGAAACUAGUAUAUUCAGUACUAAAAGUUUAUAUAUUUUUUAACAUGAUGCGAAACAAUAUAUUUUUGCAUUUUAUAAAGAUAUACAGCAGCUAUGAUUAUCCUCAGUUUAGAAUGAGUCUUAAUUAUAUUAUUUUCUAUUGAAAAGAAAUUAAUCAUCUUUGAUAGUUACAGGGACAAAGUUUGUUUAAUAAUGAAAUCUGCCAGAAUUGAUGAAUUGAUAUGUAAUACAUUUUUUAUGAUUAUUAUUA